AUGUCCACAGCACGCAACGAUGUGGUAUUUAACAAAAUUCACUCAACGGCUUCAUCAAUUAUUGAUAAGGCAUGCGAGCAACAACGAGAAUAUUUGGAAGUUUCAGGGAAAAAACACAUUAGAGAGGGCAUGCCAAAUACUCUUUUGAGUGUGGAAACUGAUCUGGCUUUAUGGUCACCUCCUCCGACAGGAUUUCAUAAGGUUAAUUUUGAUGGUGCUAUUGAUAUGAAUUUAAAAAUAGGUGCGGUUGGUUUUGUUGUUAGUGAUAUUGCAGGUAACAUAAUCUUUGUUGGGGCUAGGCGAUUUAUUGGCAUGGUGAUACCACUGAUUAUAGAGGCUUUGGCGCUUCGGACAUCAAUGGAGGAGGUGUUAUCAACAGGACUUACUGUAGUAAUCUUCGAGGGAGAUUGUCAAGUAUUGAUAAAUGCUAUUAAUGCCUCCUCUAGCAACGACAGAGAUGUCGGAGUAGUUUUAGAAGACAUAUUCAAUCUAGUUUCCCGAUUUUCUGAAAUUAGAUUUCAAUAUGUUAACCAUAAAUGUAAUUGGGUAGCCCAUUUGGUGGCAAAAAGAGCCCUUAUCGAUGACUGCUUCUGUAGGUCUCAUCAUUUUGUUAUGGAAUGGCUCACUCAAGUCUGUUGA